CGAGCAGUGAGAGUGACCAGUGUGGUAGAGCUUCGGUCCGGCUAGCUACGGGGUACAUUGCUCUGCUUCUUGGCAUUUGGCAAUGGUCGUCCUCGCGAAGCCACCGCCGGCGCUCGACCAAAUCUCCCUGCUUCGAUGCCCGCAGCCCGGGGACGCGGCGUCCUUCUUCGGCGUGCCGGCCGUCGACCUGUCCAGCCCCGGCGCGGCUCUGGCCGUGGUGGACGCGUGCGAGCGGUUCGGCUUCUUCAAGGUGGUGAACCACGGCGUGCCAACGGGCGUCGUGGAUCGGCUGGAGGCCGAGGCCGUCAGGUUCUUCGCGUCGCCGCAGGCGGACAAGGACGCGUGCGGCCCCGCCAACCCGCUCGGGUACGGGAACAAGCGCAUCGGCCGCAAUGGCGACAUGGGGUGGCUCGAGUACCUCCUCCUCGCCCUCGACGGCGCCUCCUCGGUGUCCAAGGCCUCCCCUGUCCCGUCAUCCUCGCUGCGGGACGCGGUAAACCAGUACGUCGCCGCCGUGCGGGGACUGGCGACGUCGGUGCUGGAGGCGGUGGCGGAGGGGCUGGGCGUGGCGCCGAGGGACGCGCUGAGCGGCAUGGUGACGGACGCGGCGAGCGACCAGGUGUUCCGGAUCAACCACUACCCGGCGUGCCCGCUGCUGCAGCGCCUGCCGGACUCGUGCGGCGUCACCGGCUUCGGCGAGCACACGGACCCGCAGCUGGUGUCCGUGCUGCGCUCCAACGGCACGGCCGGCCUGCAGGUCGCGCUCCACGACGACGGGGGGCGGUGGGUGCCCGUGCCGCCCGACCGCGACGCCUUCUUCGUCAUCGUCGGCGACUCGCUGCAGGUCCUGACGAAUGGGAGGCUGAAAAGUGUGCGGCACCGGGUGGUGGCCAACAGCCUGAAGCCGCGGGUGUCCAUGAUCUACUUCGCGGGACCGGCGCCGGCGCAGCGGAUCGCGCCAUUGCCGCAGGUGCUGGGGCACGGCGAGCAGAGCUUGUACAGGGACUUCACAUGGGGCGACUACAAGAAGGCUGCCUACCGAUCGCGCCUCGGAGACAACCGCCUGGACCCCUUCCGCAUCCAGUGAUAGUCACCCACACCGCUGUCGAGAGAUGGUUGGUUCGUACGCAGACGCAGAUGCUUCUGCCAUCGACACCAACAACACCUCUCUGCUCGGGCUCAUGCCCCCGGAGAUCACUGGAGGCCACCAGGAGCUAGCACUGAUUGCUUUCAUGGACCAGGAACAAUGGCUAGCUGGACGUACGGCUUGCAAUGUAGGAGUAGGUCGGUAGGGUUGGAUUGGAUGAUCUGUUCUGUUGGAUUUCUUGGUGCCAAUGUCAAGUGUACAGUAACUAUGUGGUACUGGCUAGAGAGAGCUUUGUUGUAUUGGCCCUCUGGGCUUGAUGCUGUGUCCAUGUUAUGAGUGCUUUCUAUAUAUGGUAUGUGAUCUUUUCACUGUUUCUCGUACUGA